GGGCCGCGGCGCGUGUGCCCGAGGGGGGCGGGGACCGGGACCGGGCGCCCUCCCGCGCCUCCCGGCGUGCCCCCGGUGCCGGGGAACGGCGAGCGGCCCCGCCGCCCGUGCGGCUCCCCCGGCUCCGCGGCCCCGUUACCGGGGCGGGGGUAAAGCCGGGCCCGCCGUCUUGCCCAACCGGGGCCCGGCCCGCCCCGUGCUGGUGCCGCUCCUGCACCGGCGCCCCGGGCGUGGGCGGGACGGGAAGCCCGGGCGCCCUUAAAGGCGAGGCCGGCAGCGGGCCCGGUGCUGCGGGGGGAGGCCGGGCAGCCAGCGCGGCCGGGACCGGCUCGGGGUGCCACCGGGACGGGCGGCUUUGACGGGGCUGCCGCUCGCAGGGCCUGCGUUCUGGGACCCGCCGGGGGCUGCGGAGGGGCCAUGGGGGCCGCCGGUGCCCUGGGCUGGCGGCUGCUGGUGCUGGUGCUGGUGGCGGCCGUGCCUCGGGCCGCAGGCGCCCGGCCCUGUAGCCCCAAGUAUUUUGGCCGUGACGCCAUGGUGUGCGUCUGCAACGCCACGUACUGCGACACGCUGGACCCCGUUGUCCUGCCGACCCCGGGCACCUACGUCAAGUACGAGAGCAGCAAGGCCGGCAAGCGGCUGGAGCGCAGCGAGGGGACCUUCCAGCGCAGCCUGCACGCCCCAGAUCUUGUCCUGACCCUGGAUACGGCGCAGCGGUACCAGAAGGUGAAAGGAUUUGGUGGCUCCGUCACUGACGCAGCUGCCAUCAACAUCCUUUCCCUGCCGGAAACAGCCCAGGAUCACCUGCUCCGCUCGUACUUCUCUGAGGAAGGGCUGGAGUACAACCUUGUCCGCCUCCCCAUGGCCAGCUGCGACUUCUCCCUCCAUGCCUACACCUACGACGAUGUCCCCUUUGACUACGAGCUCGCUCACUUCAGCCUGCGAGAUGAGGACACGAAGCUGAAGAUCCCCCUCCUGCACCGAGCCUCGGCCAUGAGCAAGCAGCCCCUGUCGCUGUACGCCAGCCCCUGGACCUCCCCGACCUGGAUGAAGACCAGCGAGUCCUUCGUGGGGAAGGGGACGCUGAAGGGGCAGGCGGGGGACAGGUACCACAAGACCUGGGCCAACUACUUCGUACGGUUCCUGGAUGAAUAUGCCAAGCACAACCUGACCUUCUGGGCGGUGACGGCAGAGAACGAGCCCUCGGCCGGGCUGAUCAACAACUACCCCUUCCAGUGCCUGGGCUUCACGGCCGAGCAGCAGCGGGACUUCAUCGCACGGGACCUGGGCCCCGCGCUGGCCAACAGCUCCCACCGCGACGUCCGGCUCAUCAUCCUGGACGACAACCGGCUCCAUCUCCCGCACUGGGCCAAAGUGGUCCUGGAGGAUGAAGCAGCAGCUCGCUAUGUCCACGGCAUCGGCAUCCACUGGUACCUGGACUUCAUUGGGCCCAUACAGGACACGGUGGUGCCCACGCACGAGCUCUUUCCCGAUUACUUCAUCCUGGCCACGGAGGCGUGCAUCGGGGCCCACUUCUGGGAGCGGGACGUGAUCCUGGGCUGCUGGGACCGGGGGAACCAGUACAGCCACAGCAUCCUGACGAACCUGAACCACUUUGUGGCCGGCUGGACCGACUGGAACCUGGCCCUGGACCUGGAGGGAGGCCCCAACUGGGUCAAGAACUAUGUGGACAGCCCCGUCAUCGUGGACGCCAGCGAAGGCAUCUUCUACAAGCAGCCCAUGUUCUACCACAUGGGGCACUUCAGUAAGUUCAUCCCCGAGGGCUCCCAGCGCGUGGGGCUCGUCGCCUCCAAAGAGUCCAAGAAGACGGACCUGGAAUACACGGCUUUCCUGCGCCCUGACGGUGCCGUGGUGGUGGUGGUUCUGAACCGGUCCCUGCAGAACAUCACCUUUGGGCUGGCCGACACGGUUGGCCUCAUCGCAGCCAUGGCUCCGGCCAGCUCCAUCCAGACCUACCUGUGGCGGCGGCAGUGACGGGGCUGGGAUGCCCAUGGCUGGCCAGGGGCCGGAGCGAGCAGGGUCGUGAGAGCCCACACCGCCCUGGGCUCAGGCCUGGGAGCGCGGAGGAGGCGGCUCACCGCUGUCGGUGCCACGGUGGAGCCGAGCGCUCGGGCGAGCUGGAGGAGCGAGCCGGGCUGUGCCGCGUGUGUGCAUGCAGGAGGGCCAGGGGCACCGGUGCCCCUCACGGUGGAGAUCCCACAGGCUGUGAAUGCUUUUUUUUCUGCUGCUCCGACAUUAAAUGCUGACGCUGCCUCUA